AUGCUACUUAAGCCCAAGUAUGGCCGCUUCCGCAACGAGUCUGUGACCUCCUCCUGCGACGACCUCAUGCAGAGCCUGGCUAUGAGCGGGAAGGUGGCGGUGACCACCCCGCUGGCCCGGCACCCGGCCGCCCACGCCUCGCCGCCCCCGCCCCCGCUGCCCCUCUCGGACCGCCGGCGCCCGGCCGGCCCGCCCAGCGCUGCGCCCCCUCCCCCGCCCCCGGAGGGGGACCCGGACCAGGACGGGGCCACCACCUUCUGCAUGCUCAUCCCGCGGAUGCCCCAGUGGAAGUUCUCCAACGCGCUGCUCAGCCGGAGCCCGUCCAACUCCGGCUCGUCCGGAUCGUCCGGCUCCUCCUCCGGCAAGGACUCCGGGCGGGGCGGCGCCGCGGCCCCCCAGGGCCCCCCGCUGGGGCCCGGAGGCAUGCCCCUGAGCGGGCCCGUGGCGAGUUUGGCGGCGGUGCUGAACUCCUGUGACCCCGUGUGUGUCACGUCCUGUUCCCUGCAGGCCGUCGCCCGGCAACGCUGCUCCGGAUCGGCGGGGACGGGACCGGAGGCGGCCGGAGCGUCGGGCAGCCCGGGGGGCUCGGGGAUGAGCCGCAGGGCCAGGCUGGAGGGCAUGCGUCUGGGCCGGGAGGACCUCAGCCAGAAGGGCAGCUUCAUCCACAAGCCCUCCCAGGGCUGGCUGCACCCGGACAAGAAGAUCACCGGCACCGGAGCGUCCUACGUGGUCAGGUACAUGGGCUGCAUCGAGGUCCUGAAGUCCAUGCGGUCCCUGGACUUCAACACACGAACUCAGGUGACAAGGGAAGCCAUCAACAGGCUGUAUGAGGCUGUGCCGGGGGUCAAGGGCAUGUGGAAGAAGAAGGCCACUAACAAGGCCCUGCAGUCCAUCAUGGGGAAGAGUAACCUGCGGUUCGCUGGGAUGAGCAUCACUGUCAACAUCUCCAUCGAGGGGCUUGGCCUGCUCGUGCCCACCACGCGACAGGUCAUCGCUCAUCACCCCAUGCAGUCCAUCUCCUUCGCCUCCGGCGGAGACACGGACACGCCAGACUACGUUGCCUACGUUGCGAAAGAUCCCGUCAAUCAGAGAGCCUGCCACAUCCUGGAGUGCUGUGACGGUCUGGCCCAGAACGUGAUCAGCACCAUCGGACAGGCCUUCGAGCUGCAGUUUAAGCAGUACCUGCACAGCCCCCCGAAGGCCAUCCCCACCAUGGACCGGAUUAUCCGGACGGAUGAAUCGGCGUGGGGAGACGACGAUGACUCUACCGAGCACGACUACUACAACAGCAUCCCGGGGAAGGAGCCUCCGGUCGGGGGAGUGGUGGACUCCCGACUGAGGCAUUCCGGAGCCAUGCUGGGCCACAUCCACACCCAGCCCCAAAGCAAGACCCUGCAGAUGGGAUCCCCGGCGAAGAGAGACACCACCUCCUCCCUGCCUGCAGUGCAGCUAUGCUACGACGUCCACUGGGACACCGACAGCAACAGCAGCUCAGGCCUGACCUCGGAUGGAUACCUCCGAGCCGAUGGGCAGCCGCCUGGUUGCCGUGACUACGAGGAGCACCUGUACGUGAACACCCAGAGCCUGGACGGCUGGGAGCCGGGGACGGAGAGGGGCAGGGGCGGGCACGGCCCCGAGAGUCCCAAAAAAGACAUCUUUGACAUGAGGCCCUUUGAGGACGCUCUGAAGCUGCACGAGGCGGGGGUGGGUGUGUGCGUGCUGGAGGACCAGUGGCCCAGUCCGCCGCGCCGCCGGGCCCCCGUGGCCCCCACGGAGGAGCAGCUGCGCCGGGAGGCCUGGUACCACGGCCGCAUGAGCCGGCGCGACGCAGAGAAGCUGCUGGCGCGCGAUGGGGACUUCCUGGUGCGCGACAGCGCCACCAACCCCGGGCAGUACGUCCUGACCGGCAUGCACUGCGGCCUGCCCAAACACCUGCUGCUGGUGGACCCCGAGGGUGUGGUCCGCACCAAAGACAUGCUGUUCGAGAGCAUCAGCCACCUGAUAAACUACCACCUGCAGAACGAGCUGCCCAUCGUGGCUGCGGAGAGCGAGCUGCACCUCCAGCAGGUGGUCCGGCGGAAACAGUGACCCCCCCCCACACAAAUGCCUGAACCGCGGUCCUGGGACUUGACGUUCUCUCCGUUGCUGGGCAGUGACAUGAUGUUGCCGUUCUGCCCCGUUGCCCAGGAGACAGAGACGGGACGUUCCGUGCUUGACCUUGCGCGGGGGUUCCUCCUUGCCUCGCCUUAAAUAACUGACACUCGGGCCCCUGCCCCAGGGCCAGCAUGGGGAGGGAGGGACGUAUUGGCAAGGUCCACGCAAAGCCAUUCAUCUCAACAGAACAAUCUGCAUGCAGUUGUUAUGUUAAUGGGUGCUGUCUCUGAACCCUGACCCCGAAAUCAGACUCGUGCGGACGGACUUGGGGAGCAGGCUGUCAUAUCGGAAGAUGAGGACCUGUCAGAAAAGGAAAAGUUGCUCUUGAGGUCCCCGCAAGUCCCAAGUCCCCGCAAGUCCCAAGUCCUCACAAGAAGGAAACACACAUUUUUGAAUAGAAUCUUGCACUAAACCUGUGCUGCAAGGUUGGGCUGGUUCUGAGCACAGUAACCAUGGAGACGAAUGUAAGGGACUUCCAUUAAUCCAGAGACUUUUUCGAUGGGAGAAUGUGGACACCGCUGAAAACACAACAUUAAAACAUGUCAUUGUGUGCGUGUGUGUGUGUGUGUGUGUGUGUGUGUGUGUGGGAUCUACGGCUCUGUUCAAAUGUUUGUUGUGCAAAGGAAAAAUCAGGCAGUGUACUACCCUUUUAUUUCUCAUUCAUUUUAUCAUGUGAGGUUAAAGCUGCUCUUUUUGUGGUUUGUAGUCUUUCUUCCUAUUGCUAAUAUGCUACAGAUCGCUAUUACAUGGAAAGCACCAUGGCCCAUGUACUGUGAACAAAACGAUGAUGGUCAGCCAUGUUGAGUGGGUUUAUAUAGCGAGGCACUUAUAUUGUACAGUAUUUCUUGUGAAUGUUAUUACACAAAACAGUGUUCUAAAGAAAUUGUAUUUCCAUAAUUUUGUUUCUUUAAAACGUCGCCAUGUUAAUUUAUUCUGACUUUACCUCGGGAGCCAACGCCGAUCAAUUUGUCGAAAGCCUCUCCUGCAUGAAGAAACGUAAAGGUGUUUUUAUCCCUGCAACGGCUGGGGGAAAAAACCAAGCCAACAUGGAGAAUCUGUAAAAAUCAGGCCCCUCACUCUGUUUAUCUCAUAACCUCAUCAUUGCUUUGUGUUACACUGGAGUUCUGGAACAUUCUGAACUCUAAAAUGGAACCCAGUGAAAAAAGACAAUGGUGACAUUUUUUUCCUUCCCGUUUUCAUAAAUGCUAUUGUGAAUGCUAAUGUUUUAACUGCAGGUUGUUUUUGCUCACAAAUUCAGCCAGGUCUGCAUAUUUCAGUUCCACCGAUUUGAUUCUCCUGCAAUGGCAGACACAUC